AAUUUCUUUGUUUUUGCCUCACCUGUUCGUACGUUCUCUCUCACUUCAUUAAUUUUCCGAAUUAACCUUAGUAACUACUUUUUCUCUCUUUUGCACAAAUCCUGUUGUCGGUAAGAUCAAGGUACCGUGACUAACUUUGAUUGAGGUGAGAACAAGUUUGAUAAGCGGACACAUUGUUUUUCCUUUGCUAAUUGAAUACAAAUUGCAGCAUACUUUACAUAUUCUUAGAAAAUGAAACGGUCAAAUAAAGCGUCAUCCUCCAAAUCAUCAAAGGAACUGCCGUUUAUGAAAUGGUACAAGGGGAUGAUCAGUGGGGAAGCGAAUGAUAUGGUGCAGCAAUUUUCCCUGAUACGGCCGAUACUCUCUGAUCCGGCUUAUUCGGAUGCCACCUUUGCGGCUCUGGUCAGUCUCGGUUUACCAAAAGAAAGCUGGAUCUCCACCCCGUGGAGCUAUGAAGUUGAGAAGGGACGUUUUCGAGCUGCUUUUAUUCGGGGAAAAAACAACCCAACAGGAAACAUCUUGGAUCAACCACGAUACAUUGGCUUCGUCAUGAAGUUGCUGAACAGGGAUAAUAAAUUUUACACCGUAGAAGAACUCAAGAAUCACACGCUCGUUGAAUCGUUGAAAUUUAUGAUAACUUUUGUUACCACCGCUGUAGAGGCUGAGAAGGAGACUGAAAAAUUGUGGCGACUAUGUCUUGAACAACUCCACCGGUUGGAAUGUUUGUUGGAUCGAGGGAACCAGUGCAUCGAUAAAGAAGAAGAUGAUCGUCUCUCGGCUUUAUGGACAUUACAAGAUGUUACCUUCCACCUCGUGAAUAAACUUUUCGACAUGGAUAAAGUCUUUUCAAAGCACCUGGCAAACGUAAUGCUGAAGUGUAACUUCUCCCCGACAUUCAAGAACUCUACAUUGAUCGAGGAGAUUAAAGUGGAGCCUGGAGUGCUGGAAAAGAUGAAGAGAUUUGCUCAGAGGAUUGAAAUACUAGGAAAUCUUGUAAAGGCAGAGAAGGAUCCUACCAAGAAGAAGAAGUUUGCGGAGGAUUUAAAAAACGAGCAAGGGGAGCUGGAUAUUUUCGUGAUCAACCAGGAGACUGGGCAAGAAUUUAAUUAUGUGGUGGUGUGUAUGCUACAGCUGGUUCACCGAACGGCGCAAAAUGACAAAAUUAUCAAUGAGAUACUUCACAAAAUUCUGGCGAGCUUGAAGAGGUACAAUCACCAGGUCUCCGACUAUAAUAUCGAGUGGCUGGGGUUGAGUUCAACACGCCGUUGAGGAAAGGUGCGCUGCCGACGUGGACAAAGAAAUCAUACCAAACGUGUUCAGUACUGUUCAGUAUUCAUAGUUUAAAAUGCAAGAUAUUUUUUUCGUAUUUACAUAACCUACCAUUUUCAGAACUUAGACUUGGAAUUUAUAUUUUCAAAUGCUUUAAUAAUUUUAUUAAUUCAUUCUUAAUAAAGUUUCAGUUACAGUUAA